GUUUUCGGCUUGUUAGUUCGUUAUUGGCAUCUGACGAGUAAAGGUCUUUAAAAUAUCGUGAACAAUGGAUCGUUACGUUGGUAAAGUCGCAAUUGUGACCGGCGCGAGUUCUGGAAUUGGUGAAGCUAUCGCUGAUAAUUUGGCCAGGUCUGGAAUGUUGGUUGUUGGUUUGGCCCGUCGUGUUGAUCGUAUUGAAACCCUCGCUCAAAAACUAUCCAAAGAAAAUGCUAAAGGAAAACUCCACGCAGUUAAAUGCGACAUGCGCGUUGAAAGUGACGUUGUAAAGGCUUUCGAAUGGGCAACCAAGAAUGUCGGAAAUGUACAUGUACUCGUAAACAACGCAGGCAUUGCUACCAAGUCCAACCUUAGUGAAGGUAUCACUGAAGACUGGCGAAAGAUUAUGGAAACCAAUGUACUUGGUCUGUGCAUUGCAACCAGGGAAGCCACAAAAAUCAUGAAGGCAAACAAAAUUGAAGGACACAUUAUUCAUAUCAACAGCAUUGCUGGCCAAAGUCACGUGUACUUCCCUACUGCUGGCGUAUACGGUGCUUCCAAACAUGCUGUCACCAAUCUUACUGAGAUUUUAAGGCAAGAAAUGGUUGCACAGAAAACCAAUAUUAAAGUUACCAGUAUUAGUCCUGGAACCGUUAAAACUGAGAUUAUUGAUAUUGAUAGCAUGGAUGAAGAAAUGAAGAAGAUGUUUGGUAAUAUGCCAAUGCUUGAGAGCCAAGAUAUUGCUGAUGGUGUGCUGUAUAUUUUGGGCGUACCUCAUCGAGUUCAAAUCAAUGAACUUACUAUUCGACCAAUGAAUUCACCAAUCUAAAUUAAACAUACAAUUAAUGUUUAUAAAAAUUUAUUGAAAGUUAAAUUCAUUCCUAUCUUAAUAAUAUUAUUAAUGUGAUGUAACGAGUUCUUUUAUUAUUGACGAUUAUUAAUAAAAAUUAUUUGAAUGUCUAGCAAA